AUGAAGAAGCAAUUCAACCGCAUGCGCCAGCUCGCCAACCAGACCGUGGGCAGGGCUGAGAAGACAGAGGUUUUGAGCGAAGAUCUCCUGCAGGUGGAGAAGCGUCUGGAGCUGGUGAAGCAGGUCUCCCACAGCACCCACAAGAAGCUGACGGCAUGUCUGCAGGGCCAGCAAGGUGUGGACGCCGACAAGCGCUCGAAGAAGCUGCCGCUGACGACGCUGGCGCAGUGCUUGAUGGAGGGAUCGGCUGUGCUGGGGGAUGACUCCCUGCUGGGGAAGAUGCUGCGGCUGUGCGGAGAGGCAGAGGACAAGCUGGCUCAGGAGCUCAUCCACUUCGAGCUGCAGGUGGAGAGGGACGUCAUCGAGCCCCUCUUCGUGCUGGCUGAGGUGGAAAUCCCGAAUAUCCAAAAGCAGAGGAAGCACUUGGCGAAGCUUGUGCUGGACAUGGACUCCUCCAGGACACGGUGGCAGCAGUCCGCAAAGUCCUCGGGUUUGGCCAGCAACCUGCAGCCCUCAGGUGCCAAAGCCGAUGCUCUCAGGGAGGAGAUGGAGGAGGCGGCCAACAGAGUGGAGAUCUGCAGGGACCAGCUCUCGGCUGACAUGUACAAUUUUGUGGCCAAAGAAGUAGACUAUGCAAACUAUUUUCAAACCCUGAUCGAGGUGCAGGCAGAGUACCAUCGGAAAUCCUUAGCGCUUUUGCAGAAUGUCCUGCCUCAAAUUAAAGCCCAGCAGGAGGCAUGGAUGGAGAAGCCCUCCUUCGGGAAGCCUUUGGAGGAGCACCUGGCCGUCAGCGGGCGGGAGAUCGCCUUCCCCGUGGAGGCGUGCGUGACCAUGCUGCUGGAGUGCGGCAUGCAGGAGGAGGGUCUCUUCCGAGUGGCUCCCUCGGCCUCCAAGCUGAAGAAGCUCAAGGCCGCCCUGGACUGCUGCGUGGUGGAUGUGCAGGAGUACUCGGCCGACCCACACGCCAUCGCAGGAGCCCUCAAGUCCUACCUGCGAGAGCUGCCAGAGCCGCUCAUGACGUUCGAGCUGUAUGAGGAGUGGAUCCAGGCCUCCAACAUCCCGGAGCAGGAGAAGCGGCUGCAGGCUCUCUGGAGCGCCUGCGAGAAGCUGCCCAAAGCCAACUACAACAACAUCAGGUACCUGAUUAAAUUCCUGGCUAAGCUGACUGAGUACCAGGACACGAAUAAAAUGACGCCGAGCAACGUGGCCAUCGUGCUGGGGCCCAACCUCCUCUGGCCGCAGGCGGAUGGGAACAUGACGGAGAUGAUGACGACUGUCUCGCUGCAGAUCGUGGGGAUCAUCGAGCCGCUCAUCCAGCAUGCCGACUGGUUCUUCCCCGGAGACAUCGAGUUCAAUGUGACAGGCAACUACGGCAGCCCCAUGCACGUCAACCACAAUGCCAACUACAGCUCCAUGCCCUCCCCGGACAUGGACCACGCGGACCGCCGGCAGCACGACCAGGCACGGCGGCCCCUCAGCGUGGCCACGGACAACAUGAUGCUGGAGUUUUACAAGAAGGAUGGCCUUAGGAAAAUCCAAAGCAUGGGCGUCAGGGUGAUGGACACCUCGUGGGUGGCUCGCCGAGGCACCUCAGUGGUGCGCAAGACGUCUUCCACCCCACCGGCCGCUCAGCCCCCCGCGCCGCCCGCCGAGCUCCCCGCCACCCCCCACUCACCCAUUCCUGAGCAAUCGCCGGAUAUUUCAGCUACCCCUUCCCCACCUCCCACCAGCUUUGGCUUCCCCCCGGGAGCCGAGCGGACAAGGUCCCUUGGGAGGGGACACCUGCGCUCAGUGGGAGGAGAGCAGGGCAUCGGGGGGGACAACAUCGGGGCUGGUGUCACAGGCUCCGGUCUGCUCCGUUUUGAGGUCCCCUCCCUCCACGUCUCCCCGGAUGCCGCCCUGUGCCGGGACCCGCCGGAGGCACCGCAGAGACUCUCGGGGCUGGGCCCAGCCGCCCGGCAGGAGGAGGAGGAGGAGGAGGAAUCAGAGAGCACAGCCCUAUGA